AUGCACCAAGAGCUCUUGAAGCAACAAAAAGAGCAAAUACAUGAAGAGAUUGAGGAGGAGCCUGGGCAGAAGGAAGUCCUUAGGAGGUAUCAGCCAAUGAUGACAGCAAUUAUGAAAGAGCUGAAUGAAAAUGAGUUGAAGGAGGCCCAGGUGAAAGCCGAUGAGUGGACAAAUCAAGCACCUGAUGCCACAGUCCAAGCCAAGACGGCUAAGAAGAAGGGCGAAAAGAUGAUCAAGCACUUCACAAAGGAGAUGUUUACUCAGGCCAGUAUGAGACUCUUUGUAUUGGGAUCCUGGAAGGAUGAGAAGGGCAGCCUGCUUACAUCUGGGCAAGUUGAUUCAGUCAACCGGUCGGUCAGGUUUGACUUCAAUGAACACCUCGGUAUGGGCUCCAGCUUCAUGAAAUGUAAGGACUGGCCGGUCAUCUUACUGGCAUGGGAAGACUUCAUCAUUGAUGCAUUCAACCAGGAUCAGGACCAGGACGGCACGCUGCUUGGAGGCACUCGCCGGGUUCUGAAACCUUAUGAUGAGUUUGACCUGGACCACAUGGGUUUGCCAAUGUUGCCCAAUAUUGAGGAUGUCUCACUCAACACCAAGAAGGGAAUGAUUCAGUCAUUCCUCACCAUUCAUUACCAUAAGCCUGUUGAUAGAAAAUCUGCAGCAUCAUCUGAUGCCCGCUACCACAGGAAUAUGCUGUGGAAAACUAAAGGUCCCAGUGCCUUGGAGCAACAUAAUGAAGGGACGAUUAACGACAAGGGCAAGAUGCACCCUCCUGUCGGCGAGGAGUCUGAGGAGUCUGACGGUGAUGCUGAUGAUGAGGGCAUGUGGCCCAGGCCAACCAAAGCGUCAUUGGCAACCACUGCACUGUCACUGGUUGGCAUUGCCAAACAGCAGCCGAGGCUCAUCAAACGAGUUCAUGUCAGCUCUGCUGAAGAAGAAUCUAACAAUACCGAUGCAGGUGUGUCUUGCUCAAAGGUCAAUGCGCGCGCUCCUGACUGUGCAAGGCAAUGGGCAAAUGCACAAUACAGUGACCAGGUGGGACACCAGUCAGAGUCAGAUGACCAGCCACUGCCCAAAAGCUUGGGGAAGAGAGUCAGAAUUGAGCCUGCCAUUGUCACACCGAGCACAGACUCAACAAAUGAAGACCAACCGAUGGACCAUGUGCCAUGCAAAACUGGGGCUACCAGAGAUGCAUCACUGGUGGUAAAUGACCGGUCACUGAAGAAGACCAAGGCUACCAGGGAUGUAUCACUGGCAGUAAAUGACUGGUCGCCCAAAAAGACCAAGGCUAUCAGAUCAGUCGUUCAGUCGCUCUCUGAUGCACCAGCAAAGAGCACCAGGAGCAAGGUUGACAAUGCACUUGGCGCCCAAAUUCGGCAAAAGCCGAAAAGAUAUGCUGACUAUGUGUAG